AUGGCUGUCGAGCCUCCUGAGACAGGCGGCGAGACCGUCCAGGUACUCGAGCAAAUCUGUUACGAGCUUAUAUGUUUGCCCCUCGAGCAAACCCAGCCCGACCACUAUGCGCACGUAGGCUCCCGAACGAUCGCCGCCCUAGCCGUAACAGCCCGCCUCUUCCUCGAGCCUGCAUUGGACGUCUUAUGGCGCGCCAUCCCUGACAUCGCCGUCCUGUUCUUCGCACUGGACAAGGAGAUAUACUCUCAGAGACGAGUGGCGAGGCGGGGGCACUCGGAAUCUCAGCUAGAGCGGUUCUUUGCCUAUGCUCAGCGGGUUCGAGCAAUCAAUUUCGACGCGCACGUCUCGACUUGCACACGCUGGAUCAGCGCCGUCCCAGAAGCAUACGACAAGCUGGCAGCAAUUCUGGGCUCUCGCGCUCUCCUGCCCAACUUGGAGAUAAUCAACUUCAAACAUACCGAGCUCACAUCUCAGGAGGUUUUCCGGACCUUCCAUAUUCUUUUCGGACCUAAACUCGGAGUGGUGCGGAUCUUAGGCGGCCGCGCCUACGAUGAUCCCUACAAUAUACGAAGGUCAAAACCUAUCACGGCCAAGGACGACGAGGCCUUUGCGCAAAUGCUGAAGAAGCUCACGGACCUCAAGCCCCAGCUGCAAGCGCUCAUCAUCGAGAGAAGGCCCUGCAGCACUGCGAUGACUGCUUCUUUGCAGGGUGCUGUGUGCGCGCUGAACCAUCUUGUGUCGCUGAAGCUAUCCUACUGCAACUUUUGUGUCACCCCUGCCUCUUUCAAACACCUGGCUGGACUACCGACCUUGCGCGAGCUCGACUGCGAAGUGAACGACUCGGAGGACUGGGCGAACGGUCUCGCCUCACUCGCUCGUAUCGACGACGCCCAGCACAAGCUUUUUCCGGUCCUCUGCGAGCUGCUGCUCAAAGCGUCGACAUUGGCGCUGCCCGCUGGUCUCCUACGCCAUGUCGGGUCGCCGUAUCUCACCGAAUUGACGAUCAUUGCUGCGGGAGCUGUCCCGCGGCCCGAGGUCGACCUGCUACUCAAAACCGUUGCGGGCCUGCGGGGCGCAAAGACCAUCACCGAAUUUCGCGUGAUCGCGCAUCGAGUUGAGCCUUCCGCCUUCACGGUCGGCGCAGCGCCGCCAGACCCCGCGCCCGCACGUCUGAGGCCCAUAGGCAACACGACGCUGGAGCCACUACUCGCUCUGUCUGCGGUAAUGGACCUCGCAUUAGAGAUCCUUUGCCCGUUCGACAUCAACGACAUGCUUCUAAGCAGGUUCGGCGCCGUCUGGGGACCGAGACUCCGUUUCCUUAAGCUAGGCCUCGACGCCCAGGCCGGUUUCUCCAGCUGGCCUCUGCUCACCGAGGGCGAUUUCCUGGAGGGCGGCGCCCCAUGGGACGGAGCCGGGGAGAAGCGACGCAUUCUUCGCCACAACCGGGUAGGUGGCGGACUGGAGGACUGCGCAGACGUAUGGCACAAGCCCCGCGUGACGCUCUUUGGGCUGCUCAUGCUCGCGCGGAACUGCCCCGAGGAGGCCGUCUUCCAGUUCGAGCUCAACGCGAACCUCCGCGCCGUCAGCCCUGCGCUCUUGGAAGCCCUCCCGAAGUGGGCGUGCAGUGCAUAUGUCCCUCCUGUUAUCAGUGGGCUCUACGUGGGGCUGUCUCCGAUCGAGGACCCUUACGCGGUCGCCUCGUUCCUCUCCUGCUUCGUGUCUGGAAUCGACUGCCUACGGAGUGGCUGGUUGGAGAUGAUGGAUCAUAAUGACAUUCGCAACGACAACGGAGUCGAUGAAGACGAGGACGGCGACCGUGAUGAUCUCGAGUGGUCGUCUGUCGCGCGGAUCUACCACAAGCGGUGGCGGAUGGUCCAGCGCCUGAUCCCGCUGUUCGCGGAGGGCACCUGUUUGAGUUUCAUAGAUGAGGCUAACACUAUUACAUCAACGAUCACUGGUGCUACUUGA